CUGUGGUGUGGCAAAUGAAAAACCGUGUACAAUUUUAAAAAUUAAUUUGUGCAUUGAAUUUCUUUAAUUUUAUUGCAAAUCGGUCAAGGAAUAGCAAAGACUCUCCAUAAUGUCCAUCAAAUUAACUGCAAAUCUUAACAAUCCACCCAUAAGUGGACUUGCAACGGCGCAUUUAAUCAACGAAACAACACCUGUUGAGAUAACAUGGGGUAACGAAACUGCCCUGGUGUUUCCCGACAAUCGGCGCUUGGUGUGCCAUUCGAAUAAUGACGUCUUGCGAGCUCUGGCCCGCGAGGCUCCCCAAUACAAGCUCUAUGGAGAAACAGCCAUUGAACGCACCCAAAUCGAUCACUGGCUCUCGUUCAGUCUAACCUGCGACGAUGACAUCUCAUGGGCCAUGUCGUUUUUGGAAAAGUCCAUUGCUCCGGUCACCUUUCUGGUUGCCAAUAAGCUAACUAUUGCCGACUUUGCCCUCUUCAAUGAAAUGCACUCCCGCUACGAGCUUCUGGCUGCCAAAGGUAUCCCAGCUCACGUCCAGCGUUGGUAUGAUCUCAUCAAUGCCCAGCCCUUAAUUCAGAAAGUUCUGCAAACUCUGCCUGAUGAGGCUCGUGCCAAGUCAAAGAGGGUCAAUAAGUCUUCAUCGAAGGAGAAGGACGCAGCAGCGAGCAAGCCAGGCGAACGCAAGCAAGAAGGAAAAUUCGUUGAUUUGCCAGGCGCCGAAAUGGGCAAGGUUAUUGUGCGUUUCCCUCCAGAGGCAUCCGGAUAUCUCCACAUUGGACACGCCAAGGCUGCUCUCCUCAAUCAAUAUUAUCAGCAGGCAUUCAAUGGCAAGCUUAUUAUGCGAUUCGAUGAUACGAAUCCGGCUAAAGAAACAGUCGAAUUCGAGAAUGUGAUUCUGGGCGACUUGGAGAUGCUGCAAAUCAAGCCAGACCUCUACACCCACACGUCCAACUAUUUCGACUUGAUGUUGGAAUACUGUGAGACUAUGCUUAAAGAUGGCAAAGCCUAUGUCGAUGACACAGAUCCAGCGACAAUGAAGAUCGAGAGAGAACAAAGGGUCGAGUCGAAGAAUCGCAGUAAUGAUGUUGAAAAGAACUUGGCAAUGUGGAAGGAAAUGUUGGCUGGAUCCGAAGCCGGGCAGAAGUGCUGUGUUCGAGCUAAAAUCGACAUGUCAUCGCCUAAUGGCUGCAUGAGAGAUCCAACCAUUUACCGUUGCAAGAACGAGCCACAUCCAAGGACAGGCACUAAGUACAAGGUCUAUCCUACCUACGAUUUCGCCUGCCCAAUUGUCGAUGCCAUAGAAGAUGUCACUCACACUCUACGUACCAUGGAAUACCAUGAUCGUGAUGAUCAAUUCUAUUGGUUUAUUGAUGCCUUAAAGCUUCGCAAGCCAUACAUUUGGGAGUACAGUCGAUUGAACAUGACCAAUACGGUUCUUUCAAAACGAAAACUCACUUGGUUUGUCGAUGAAGGACUUGUUGAUGGAUGGGAUGAUCCUCGUUUCCCAACUGUACGUGGUAUUCUUCGUCGUGGUAUGACCGUUGAGGGUCUUAAGGAAUUCAUUAUUGCUCAAGGUUCAAGUAAAUCGGUAGUCUUCAUGAAUUGGGAUAAAAUUUGGGCAUUCAAUAAGAAAGUCAUUGAUCCGAUUGCUCCCAGAUAUACAGCAUUGGAAAAAGACAAUCAUGUUGUUAUUAAUGUAGCAGGGGCUAAGAAUGAGACAAUUGAAGUCCCAGCCCAUCCCAAAAACGAAUCAGUUGGAAAGAAAUCAAUUCAAUUGAGUAAUCAAAUUCUCAUUGACUAUGCGGAUGCUGAAUUAUUGAAAGAAGGUGAAAAUGCAACAUUCAUCAACUGGGGUAAUAUUAUGAUUAAGAAAAUCCAUAAAACUGAUGGUAAGAUUUCAUCAAUUGACGCUGAUUUGAAUUUGGACAACAAGGACUUCAAGAAGACACAAAAACUAACCUGGUUGGCUAAGUUAGAUAACGCUGAAUAUCCACCUACGUGGUGUGUGUACUUUGAUAAUAUUAUAAGCAAACCUGUUCUUGGAAAGGAUGAAGAUUUUAAACAAUAUAUCGGACAUCAAACUAGGCACGAAGUUAAAAUGCUUGGUGAUCCGGAUCUUAAGAAACUCAAAAAAGGAGAUAUUAUUCAAUUGCAGAGACGUGGUUAUUUCAAAGUGGACGUUGCUUAUGCUCCAGCAAAUCCGAUUUCUGGUGUUACGCGCCCAGUUAUUCUGUUCUCGAUUCCCGACGGUCAUACUAAAGAUAUGCCUUCGUCCGGAUUAAAGAUUCAGGAAAAUACCACUAAGAACGCUUCUCCUCCGCCAUCAUCAAACGCAAACGCUGCCGCCGAUGCAAUAGAUCAGCAAAUAGCUAGCCAAGGUAUUGUUGUUCGUGAUCUCAAAGCUAAAAAAGCUGAAAAGGCACAAAUUGACGUCGAGGUAAAGAAGCUACUUUCGCUUAAAGCAGAUUAUAAAGCAGCAACAGGCAGCGAUUGGAAACCAAAGCCUGCAACAGCAGCAUCAACUGCUCAAGCCCCAUCCGCCGCGUCAUCUGGAGGUGAUGCCAAUUCAAUAAACAAGCGUAUAACAGAACAAGGUGAUCUUAUUAGAGAUCUUAAAGCAAAGAAAGCCCCCAAGAGUGAUAUCGACUCCCAAGUAAAGGUACUAUUGUCGCUCAAAGCACAAUAUAAGGAAGCCACUGGAAAAGAUUGGAAACCUGAAGCUGCACCGGCACCAACAGCAAAAGCAGCAGCAGCAUCAGCACCUGCAGCCGUUCAAGCAUCUGGUACCGAAGCUAUUCUCAAUAAAAUAACUGAUCAGGGUGGCAAAAUCCGUCAACUUAAAUCAGAAAAAGCUGCCAAGGCGACAAUCGAUGCUGAAGUAAAGGUAUUGCUUGAACUCAAGGCCGAAUACAAGAAACUAACAGGCUCAGACUGGACUCCUGCUUCUGCAUCUGCAGUAGUUACAAAAAAAGAAUCUUCGCCAACUCCAGCCAGUGAAGGUAAUAACUCAGCAAUUUCAGUUAUACUCGAGAAAAUCACCAAACAAGGUGAAAAAGUUCGCGAUUUGAAGGCCCAAAAAGCCGCUAAAGCAGCAAUUGAUACUGAAGUCAAGGUGUUAUUGGCUCUAAAGGCUGACUAUAAGAGCCUUACGGGAUCAGAUUGGAAACCAGGUACCACAGCUCCAGCACCAGCGCUUGCAUCAACACCUCCCGCCUCAACAAAAGAAGCAUCGCCUGUCAAAGGUGACCUUUCACGCAUAAACGAGCAAAUCAAAGAGCAAGGAGACAAAAUUCGAAAGUUAAAGUCUGAAAAAGCUUCUAAGGCAACCAUCGAACCUGAAGUAAAAGCAUUAUUGGCUCUAAAAGCUGAAUUCAAAAGUAUUUCCGGAAAAGACUGGACACCAGAAGCUCAAGUCGAAUCACCAAAGCCAGUUGCAGCUGCAAUGACAGAUGAAAAGGAACAGCUCACAAAACAAAUUAAUGAACAGGGAGACAAGGUGAGGGCGGCAAAGGGUAGCCACGCAGCUAAGGAAAUAAUCGAUGCUGAAGUUAAGCUACUGUUGGAACUCAAAGCCAAAUAUAAGGAAGUAACUGGAACUGAUUUUCCGGUUGCAGCACGAGGAAGUAGUAAAAAAUCUGGUGAAAAAAAGGAGUCUACCCCAAAACCAGCCAAACCCUCUAAGAAGGAAUCUCCAAAGCCUGAAAGUGCAACCGGAGCUGUAAAGAAACAGACCCGUUUGGGUUUGGAAGCCACUAAAGAGGAUAACCUUCCCGAUUGGUAUUCUCAAGUCAUAACGAAAGGUGAGCUUAUUGAGUACUACGAUGUUUCGGGUUGCUACAUCCUCAGACAUUGGUCGUUUGCCAUUUGGAAGUUCAUACGUACGUGGUUCGAUGGUGAAAUCACAAAAAUGGGCGUCAAGGAGUGCUACUUCCCCAUGUUCGUGUCCAAGGCUGCUUUGGAGAAAGAAAAGGAUCAUAUAGCUGACUUUGCUCCAGAAGUUGCUUGGGUAACUAAAUCUGGUGAGUCAGAUCUAGCCGAACCAAUUGCCGUACGCCCCACCUCCGAAACAGUUAUGUAUCCCGCGUAUGCAAAAUGGAUUCAGUCCUACAGGGAUUUGCCAAUCCGGUUGAACCAGUGGAAUAACGUUGUGAGAUGGGAAUUCAAACACCCACAGCCGUUCUUGCGGACUAGAGAAUUCUUGUGGCAAGAAGGUCACACUGCCUUUGCAACCAAGGAGGAAGCCGACAAAGAGGUUCUAGAAAUCCUCGAUCUGUAUGCCCAGGUGUACACGAAUCUGCUGGCUAUUCCAGUGGUCAAGGGACGUAAGACCGAAAAAGAGAAGUUCGCCGGUGGAGAUUAUACCACGACGGUUGAAGCUUUUAUUUCGGCGAGUGGUCGUGCUAUUCAAGGUGCAACCAGUCAUCAUCUGGGACAAAACUUCUCAAAAAUGUUUGACAUUGUCUAUGAAGAUCCAGAAACACAAAAGAAACAAUUCGUGUUCCAAAACUCGUGGGGUAUCACAACGCGAACAAUUGGAGUGAUGAUUAUGGUUCAUGCUGACAAUCAGGGACUUGUCCUUCCACCUCAUGUCGCUUGCAUUCAAGCUAUAAUCGUUCCUUGUGGCAUAACGGUUAACACCAAAGACGAUGAACGUGAACAGCUGUUACAAAGCUGCAAGAGCUUGGAAGCUUUGCUAAACUCCCACGGAAUUCGAUGUGAGGGAGAUUACAGGGAUAAUUAUUCGCCAGGAUGGAAGUUCAACCAUUGGGAACUUAAGGGUGUUCCAAUUCGCAUUGAAAUCGGUCCAAAAGACAUGAAAUCCAAUCAACUGGUAGCAGUGCGUCGUGAUACCUGUGAGAAAUUAAUACUUUCAUGUGAAAAUGCUGAGCAGAAAAUAAGUCAACUACUUGAAACCAUCCAUGAGGGUAUGUUUGCCAAGGCGAAAACUGAUCUCAGCCAACACACGAAGGUGACUAAAAAUUGGGGCGAUUUCUGUAAGUUCCUGGAUCAAAAGAACAUCUUAUUGACACCUUUCUGUGGAGAAACAAGCUGCGAGGAUCAAAUCAAGGCCGAUAGUGCAAGGGAUGAAGAAGCUGAGCCUGGUGCUCCAGCCAUGGGUGCAAAGUCACUCUGCAUACCAUUCGAUCAACCAGCGGCUAUAACAUCGGCAGACAAAUGCAUCCAUCCAAGUUGUAGCAAGAAUCCAAAAUACUACUGCUUGUUCGGAAGAAGUUAUUAAAAGAGUGAACCAUCACAUAAUUAUGUUUGACCGAUUUCUUUUAUUAUGCUCCGAGAUUAUAUUCAAUUUUAUUUUAAUUGUUGCUAAGUUGUUGGCUUCUUUUAAAAUUGUUUUUUAAGUUAUUUCAACUCAAAUAAAAUCGUUUAAUUUUCGAUUCGUAAGUAUGUCACAGAAA